CGAAAGUAUAUAUAAAGGGUCAAAACAGCUAGCAAGCUCAGAACCUCAUUUCACUGACUUAAGAUAUUGAAGCUCUCAAAAUGAAGCUUUUUGUUACUCUUUUGCUCACAGGGAUGCUGGCUAUGGCAUUUGGAGCCCCUGGAAUUGCUGUCUCUGAAAAUUUUGACGAGAGCUAUGAAAAAUGUUCCGAUGAAAGCCUCUCUAAAGAUGUUCAAGAAGCAUACUGCAAAAUUUUGGAUUAUGAAAGCUACAAGUUCGUCUGUGAGCUCAAUUCUGGGUACAGCGCGGGUGCUUGUACAAAAGCUGAGGAGCUAAAGACGACUGUCAUUACGAAAAUGUGCCAGAAUGAAUCACUUGAUGGAGCACAACCAUUGGCUUGUCAAAUCUCUGAUGGUGGGGCAGCAGCUACCAAGAAACUUUUGAUGAAACUACUGUUGCAGAAGCUACUCAACUAAGAGACAGCCAUGAAUACAGUACACAUGAAACACUAUAACAUUUAGCAUGCAUGCAUAUAAUAAUUAAGCUAGAGUCUAGCGACUGUUUUAGGACACUGUUUAGAAUCUUAGUCAAUUAUAUGUAGCACUUGUGUUAGGCCACACAAACUGAAA